CGGCGGUGGGACCGGAUGUCGCAGCGGCUGUUUCCGGCCAGCUCCGUGGCGGGGGCGGGCGGCGACGCGGGGCUGAGCGGCGGCGGGCGGGCCGUAGUGCACCGCGGAGAUGGUGCUGCUCACCAUGAUCGCCCGCGUGGCGGACGGGCUCCCUCUGGCUGCUUCCAUGCAGGAGGACGAGCAGGUCGCGAUCUGCAGCAGUACCAGAGCCAAGCAAAGCAGCUCUUUCGCAAGCUGAACGAGCAGUCCCCCACAAGAUGUACUCUAGAAGCAGGAGCCAUGGCUUUUCACUACAUCAUUGAGAAAGGAGUGUGUUACCUGGUCCUGUGUGAAGCUGCAUUCCCCAAGAAAUUGGCUUUUGCCUAUCUGGAAGACCUGCAUUCAGAGUUUGAUGAGCAGCAUGGCAAGAAGGUGCCAACAGUCUCCAGGCCCUAUUCCUUCAUUGAAUUUGACACCUACAUCCAGAAAACCAAGAAGCUCUACAUUGAUAGCCGGGCGAGGAGGAAUCUGGGCUCCAUCAACACAGAGCUGCAGGAUGUGCAGAGGAUUAUGGUGGCCAACAUUGAGGAAGUCUUACAGCGAGGAGAAGCACUUUCAGCUCUUGAUUCCAAGGCCAACAAUCUCUCCAGUUUGUCCAAAAAGUACCGUCAGGACGCAAAGUAUCUGAACAUGCGUUCCACGUACGCCAAACUUGCGGCUGUAGCUGUGUUUUUUAUCAUGUUGAUCGUGUAUGUGAGAUUCUGGUGGCUGUGAGUCAGUUGCAGUCACGGAAGAGGGAAAGCUGGUAGCCUGGCAGGUGUAUGUGUGCAGGACACUGUUCAUGGGGGAUGUGCAUUAGAAUACACACAGGACCACCACCUUAACGGAAAUGUCCUGAAAUUGUUAGGUGACACUUGACUACUACAUCUCUUAGUGAAGCCUAACAAUAGGUGUAAAGGCUUGUUGACUACAGGCUUUUCCUCUGAGGCAGUUUGCACUAGGGCACUGGAGAGUUUGGCCUCCCAUGGUCCUGCUCCCCUCCUGGGGGCACGCUCUGGGAACUGUCAAUCAGUGCGGUAUAGCAUAAUCACAUUAUAUGUCCUCCUGUUGAGUAGCUCUAGUGGGAACUGUACUCUAAUGAACAUUCCUUGUAUUGGCAAUAUUUGCUUUUUUAGAAUCUGGGUCUGCAGCUCUUUUUCUUUCUUUUUUUUUCUUUCUUUUUUUUUCUUCAAAGGCAAGACUCCCCUGUUUGACAGUAAAUACUGCAUUGUACAUGUAAUAGCUUUUACCUCUGUCAGAAUAGCUAUUGUUGAGUUUUCUGUGUCUGACAUCUUGGCUUGUUACACUUUAAAUUGCUUUGGGAAGAAAUGGAUGUUAAAUUAUGCCUUAAAAUACAUUCUGUCUAGUAUUAGGAGGGGCAAUGGAAGACUUCUAUAUUACAGAUUCCUAGAAAAUUAAACUACAGGUUUGUAAGUGUCCACUUUUCGUCCCC